UUUGGGACCCGCUCUGUCUCGCCCUUUCCCCAACUUUUGCCUCUUACUUCAAUCUUGAAAUCUCCAUUAACAAGAAAACUUAGAAAAUAAGAAAGAGAAGACAUUUUCAGAUUUCCAGUUUCUUCAUCAGGGUCGAUUGCAAACUUGUCUCUUUUGGGUUGUUUUUUUUUUAUGUUGAAUUGUUUGUUUAAGAAUUUGAGAUCGUUCGUUUCAAAAGGAAAGCCAUGACAAAAUUGAUGAGCAAAGGCUUUAUGUUUCCUUCAUCUUCUGAUUGUGGUGAAAUUUAUCAUCAUCGCCGUCAUAGUCUACAUGGGAUCUCUUCUUUUCCCAAUAAAUCGGUCAAUCUUUCUUGCCUUCCUUCAUUGAAACUUUCAUCUUCUUAUUUGCCAAGAACUGAUUUUUGUGGUCGUAUAUUGGAAUGCAUACCCAAGUUCAACCGAAGAAAUCCACAAGUUGCAGCUAUCACUGCUCAGAUGAGUAUUGGAAUCAGGAAAACACAGAAAUGGUGGGAGAAAGAGGUUCAACCUAACAUGAAAGAGGUGACCAGUGCCCAAGAUCUUGUUGACUCUCUUUUGAAUGCAGGGGAUAAAUUAGUAGUUGUUGAUUUCUUUUCCCCUGGCUGUGGAGGCUGCAAAGCCCUUCAUCCCAAGUUGUGUCAGCUGGCAGAGAUGAAUCCAGAUGUGCAGUUUUUACAGGUGAACUAUGAGGAACACAAGUCUAUGUGUUACUCUCUUAACGUACACGUUCUCCCAUUUUUCCGUUUCUAUAGAGGAGGUGAAGGUCGUGUUUGCAGCUUUAGCUGUACUAAUGCCACGAUCAAAAAAUUCAAAGAUGCACUGGCAAAGUAUGGUACAGAUCGUUGCACCCUUGGGCCACCAAAAGGGCUCGAGGAGAAAGAGCUACUUGCAUUGGCAGCUAACAAGGAUCUCUCCUUUAAUUACACUCCAAAAACAGAAGAAGUACCUGACCUUGUUACCUCACAAGAGGAAGUUGAGGACAGAACUCCUCCAAAUAUAGAGUCCCCUCUACCACUUCCUCUUCCUCUCCCCAUUACCUCAAAUAGCUCACAAACGGCCAAACGGGAUACAGAGAAAGAAGCCUAUGCUACUUCUGGUAGAUGAUUUUAAAAUUGGGUGGUAAAUGAUGUUUGAAGAGAUGAUAUCUGUACAGCUAUAUAUUCUGCUUUGUUGUGUUAUAAGACUAUUGCAGUCGGGAAGGACUUGAGAAUUAGUAAUAGGGAAUGCCAAAUAUUUAGUGGCUACUGUUGGGUAUAUCUUGUCUUGUACAUAGUUUAUGUGGAAGCUCUGGUAUUUAUGUGAGCCUGAGAGAUAAGAGAAGAGUCCACCAUUCCCUUUUUGUUGGCUUCUUCUUUUUUUAAUUGGAGUAAGCCGAAAUGGUUCUCUGAUAAUAAUAAGAUGUUUGUACUAGUUUCUGAUAUCUUUGUUAUUGAGUAAUGAUAAUAUGAUGUUUGGAGCAUUA